AGUCACCCGUUUCACUUGCGACUUGUUUUAAUACUUCUUUGUUAUCAAUGUAAUUUUAUAGUCACAUAAUCGCUGCGAGUUUGCGAGCAUCUCACAAGUCACACAUCGGUAUGAUCGGUACCUAGUUCAGUAGAGUCGUAGUGGUUAAUCCGGAUUCGCGAUCCACAUUUACUCAUUGUCAUAGUCGUGUUGCUUUAGGUUUUAACACAUUCACACUGUUUUAUCGUGUUUGAGUAUUUUUAGAAUGUGUCUGUGGCAGUGAAGCUGAUGUGAUGAUGUCUUUGUAAACAUUAAAAGAUUGUUAAUACCUACAUAUACUGUUAUAUGAACCGUGUGAUUUAGUUGAGUGAAUUAUUUUGAUGCACACUUUCUACUUGAAUGUGAUGAAAAUAAGUAAUGCAUGUGAAGUGGAAAAUUUUCGAAGCAGAUAUUUAAUGUUUAUGGUGUUAGUGGCGCGGUGAAGGCAGCGGCAUGUGGCGCGGCGCGCGGGUGUUCGUACUCGCGGCGCUGGGCCUCCUGGCCGAGCCUUCAGUCGCCGAGCUGCGCAAGCCCCUCGACAUCACCAUCGGCUACCUGCCCUCCAUCAAGGGCGAGCUCCGCGACCGCCAGGGCCUCGCCAUCUCCGGGGCCCUGUCGCUGGCCCUCGAGGAGAUAAACAAUGACACCCGUCUGCUGCCGGACGUGCACAUUAACCUGACGUGGAACGACACGAAGUGCGACACGGUGACGGCGACGCGCCUGCUCACCGACAUGAGCUGCUCCGGCGUCGUCGCCUUCUUCGGCCCCGAGGGUCCCUGCCACACGGAGGCCAUCAUAGCGCAGUCCAGGAACCUGCCUAUGAUCUCCUAUAAAUGUUCCGACUACCAAACUUCAAUGCUUUCCAACUUCGCAAGACUCGAACCUCCCGACACACAGGCGACAAAGUCAGUGAUAUCGUUGCUUAAAUACUACAGAUGGAACAAAUUUUCUAUUGUAUACGAGGAGAGUUGGGUGACGGUCGCAUUGACUUUGGAGAACCACGCGAAGAAAAACAAUAUGACGGUCAACCACCAGCGAGUGGUGAUUGACGGGUUCAAGUGCUGCGAGGAGAAGAUGUCGUGCUGCGCGCCCGGCUUCUGGUACCAGUUCAUACAGGAUACGCAGAACAGGACUCGCAUAUACGUGUUUCUGGGUUCGACGCCGGGUCUGAUCGAGAUGAUGACGGCGAUGGAGUCGCUGCAGCUGUUCGUGAAGGGGGAGUACAUGGUGAUAUUCGUCGACACCAUCACAUACUCGCCCAAGGAGUCCCUCAAAUAUUUCAUUAAAACGGAGGAUCGUCGCAACUCGCAGCCAGUAUGUCCUAACACGCCAGAGUUCAAGAAGCGGGCGCAGUCGCUACUAGUGGUGGUUUCGUCGGAGCCCGAGGGCAGCUACGAGGAUUUCACCAAGCGGGUCCAGGACUACAACGGCCGGAAACCCUUCGAGUUCAACCUGCCGGCCGUCUUUGGAAAUAAAUUUAAUAAGUUUGUGUCAAUAUAUGCAGCCUACUUGUACGACUCGGUAAAACUUUACGCUACAGCUCUAGAUAAAAUAAUAAGGGAGGAGACCGUGUACAAAAAUGAAACAUUAACGCGUGACAAACUAACUGCAAUAUCAACGAAUGGUUCCAGGAUAGUCGCUACAAUGAUAAAAAUUACACCAUUUAAAAGUGUAUCGGGUAUGUCGAUUCGUUUGGACGAGCGAGGCGACUCUGAGGGUAACUUCUCUGUGCUCGCCUUCAAGUUGAACACUAACUCCUCCAAUAGCUCCUCGAUAAGCUUAGAAGAUGAUGUCAACUGCACUUACAGCAUGAAACCCAUCGGACAUUUCCAACAAGCUGAUAGCGCUAAGGAGUAUCCUGAAUACAAAUUGAAUCCCCGUGUGCCGGUCGAUUGGCCGGACAACGUGAAGCCAGAAGACGAACCAUCCUGCGGCUUUAUGAACGAAAAGUGCCCCAAAGAUGACUCGCAGAUAACUUCCCUCGUAGUCGCGGGCACGCUAGCAGUGACGUUAUUCUGUGCGCUGGUAGUCACCGUCAGUAUAUACCGCAAAUGGAAGAUUGAACAGGAAAUAGAGGGUCUGCUGUGGAAGAUUGACCCGCAUGAAAUUGCAGACUACUUCGGUGGCGGUGGAAUGGUGUGGUCUCCUAGUAAGUUAAGUUUGGCGAGUGGAAUGUCGUUGGAGAGUAAAUGUUGUACGCAGAUAUUCACAACCACGGCGCACUACAAAGGAAACCUUGUUAGAAUAAAGGAGUUAAAGUUCUCGAAGAAAAAGGACAUCUCUCGUGACGUGAUGAAGGAGAUGCGUCUGCUACGCGAGCUGCGACACGACAACCUCAACUCGUUCAUCGGCGCCGUGGUGGAGCCGCUGCGGGUGCUGCUGCUUACCGACUACUGCGCGAAGGGCAGCUUGUAUGAUAUAAUUGAGAACGAGGAUAUAAAAUUGGAUAACAUGUUCGUGUCGUCGCUUAUGCAUGAUCUCAUUAAGGGUAUGGUUUUUAUUCAUAGUUCACCAUUGAUCUUUCACGGUAAUCUCAAGUCCUCGAAUUGUGUAGUCACGUCCAGGUGGAUGUUACAGGUUACUGAUUUCGGUCUACACGAGUUAAGAUAUAGUGCAGAAAAUGAUUUGAUGGGAGAGCAUCAAUAUUAUAGAGGUCUGUUAUGGAAAUCUCCAGAAUUGUUACGUCAGCUGGACGACCCCAACGGCACGGUUGGCGGCACGCAGAAGGGGGACGUGUAUGCAUUUGGCAUAAUUCUCUACGAAAUUAUCGCUAGGAAAGGUCCCUUUGGACCAACUACUUUAGAACCCAAAGAAAUAGUAGAGCGCGUCAAGAGAUGUCGGGCGGGGGCGGAGCCGUUCCGGCCGGACACGGGGGCGCUGGCGACGGACGAGCCGGUGCUGGCGAUCCUGCGCGACUGCUGGGCGGAGGAUCCCGCCGCCCGCCCAGACUUUCCCACUAUACGCGCUAGACUCAAGAAGAUCAAGUCGGGCAAGUCGCGAAACAUAAUGGAUCAAAUGAUGGAUAUGAUGGAGAAGUACGCGAAUAAUUUGGAGGAACUAGUCAAAGAGAGAACGAGGCUUUUAGACGACGAGAAACAGAAGACGGAAGAUUUGCUGCACAGAAUGUUACCAAAGUCAGUGGCGCAUCGGUUGACGACGGGCGAGGGGGUGGAGCCCGAGUCGUUUGAUUCAGUCACAAUCUACUUCAGCGACAUCGUGGGCUUCACCGCUAUGUCGGCCGAGAGCACGCCUCUGCAGGUCGUCAACUUCCUCAACGACCUGUACACGGUCUUCGACCGCAUCAUCAGAGGCUACGACGUGUAUAAAGUGGAGACGAUAGGCGACGCUUAUAUGGUGGUGUCGGGGCUACCGAUUAGGAAUAAAGACAGGCACGUCGGUGAGAUCGCGUCGAUGGCGUUGGAGCUGCUCAACGCGGUCCGGACACACAAGAUAGCGCACCGACCCAACGAAACACUCAAACUGAGAAUCGGUAUACAUACAGGUGCAGUAGUAGCGGGCGUGGUGGGACUAACCAUGCCGCGGUACUGCCUCUUCGGUGACACCGUCAACACGGCGUCACGCAUGGAGUCCAACGGCGAACCGCUCCGGAUACACAUCUCGCCGAGCUGCAAGCAGGCGCUGGACAAAAUCGGCGGUUACAUCGUGGAGCCACGAGGCACUAUACCCAUUAAGGGUAAAGGGGUGCUACAAACAUAUUGGUUAGUGGGUGCAACAGAGAAGGCGAUACAGAAGCGACCGGUAGAGGGGGAGGAGCGACCUCUGUUUUGUCGACCGCGAAGGAGCCCGCGGCUAACCGACUCCCGACAUCCUUCCAUUACAGAGUUGAAAUCGGAGGGUCGGUCGGGCAGCGGCGGCGUGCGACAGCGGCUACACAGCGGCGCGUCGCUGCCCGCGCACCCCAACAUGGCGCUCUGCGCUGCGCCGCUCAAAAACGUUAUACCCAGGCACACGCUACGGUCUAUCGCGUCUGUGACGGCGUGCGAUGGCGGCGGCGAAUGCGGCGGGUGCUCGCUGCGGGCGGCGCGCUCGUUGGACGCACUGGCGGGCGCGCGCAUGCGCCGACAGCACACCUCGCGCUCGCUCGACGUCGACGUGCCCAUCUCCAUCGUGUCCGGGCCCAUCUUCAACGGGAACGCGCUCUACAACCUCACCGACGACCUGCCGCGGACCGACGAGGACAGUCCGCUCCUGCGCAAGUCGAGCCUCUGCAACAAGUUCGACCGCGGCCGGCGAAAAGCGCCUGAGUCGGAGUACAUCGAGUACAAGAAGUGGCACUCGCUCGAGAACGUGGUGGACCAGAAGGGCGAUCUCGCCAAGAACACGCGGUUCGCGAUCCGCUCGUGGCUGCUGGGGAUAUUCGGCGCCGGCACGCGCAGCAGCAACGCCUCGCUGCGCCGCGCGCCGCAGUUGCUCGACCGCGAGUCCGCCGUGUGAGCGCCUGCCGCGCCGCCGCGCGCCUACGUGUAAACUGAACGAUCUUAUAUUUUAAAUGUAUAUUAGAUUAUGUAUAUGUAUAUGAAAUGCCGCUGUAAAUACUUUAAAUGUAAGUAAAACGAUGUUACCGUAAAUUGUGAAAUAAGAGUUUAAUGUUAUUAAAUAAUUUCUAUUGAA